GAUGUGGCUGGCCAACCUCACGGGUGCCCACAUCGGCUUGGCCCCGAUCCCCCAGGACCCCGAGGAUCGCUGCAGCAUCUGGGAGAAUCUGGUGAGCCUGGUGGAUUUCCAGUGCCCGGGAUUUCCCCUGACCUCGGAGGAGCUCUGCCACUACAUCGACAUUCCCCGCGCUCCGUCCUCCGCCGCCCGCUCGGUGCCCGUGACCCUGCCCCAGGCCUGGAGCCCUCCGCUCCCGGAGGACAUCGACUACAAAACCAACCCGCACGUCAGGCCGCCCUACUCCUACGCCACCCUCAUCUGCAUGGCCAUGGAAGCCAGCGAGAAGCCCAAGCUCACCCUGGCAGACAUCUGCAAGUGGAUCAGGGACAACUUCAGCUAUUUCCGCCGUGCUCACCCCAGCUGGCAGAGCGCCAUCCGGCACAACCUGUGCAUCAACAAGCGCUUCGUCAAGGUGCCCCGCGAGAAGGGCGAGCCGGGCAGAGGCGCCUUCUGGAAGCUUCACCCCCAGUACUCCGAGUGGCUCAAGGACAGCACCUUCAAAGGGGGCAGAGCUCUUGCAGAGCACAUCCCACCAGCCUCGGGCAGAAGAGCCCAGCCAGGAGCGCAGAGCGUUCCCAGCCCGGCAGCCUCGGCCUGCAGCUCCCAGAACAGCCUGGAGGUCGGCACGGAGCUGCAGCAGCUGCUGCAGGAGUUUGAGGACUUUGAAAGCAGCCAGAAGCCGGAUCCCGUGGAGAACCAAGAGGCGCAGCAGAGCGAGCAGCCCUGGCCCACACCACCGGCUGAGGCCUCUCGUGUUCCCAGCUGUGAAUCGGAGAGCCAGGAGGAGCCGGGCGAGCUGACCGAGCUGAAGGGUUUCACCGACUGGGAAGCUCUGCUCGGCCCCUUCCUGGAGCCAGGAGACUUCUCUGCUCCCGAGCAGCUGCAGCUCUCACCUUCCAGCCAGCCCGGAACCUUCCCCCUGGGCUCACCCAGUGCAGAGGGGCAGCUCCUGGGCUGGCCCCAAGAGCAGCAGCAAAUCCUCCCCGAGCCCAGCUCCACCCAGCUGGGCUUGGAUGAAGCCCUGGCGGCCACGGCUUUCCUGGAGGCUGCCUGGAACGAGGAGAUCGAGGAGAUCCUCUCCAACAACAUUUCCGUGGAGCAGGGGGCUGAAAACAUCCAGGCCUCUUUGCCUGAUGGGGAUCUCAUAGAUUGGGACCCUCUGGCCCACUUAGAUCUAAUAGAGAUUUAAUAAUAAUAAUAAUAAUAGAGACAGGAGAUUAGAUUAGAUUAGAUUAGAUUAGAUUAGAUUAGAUUAGAUUAGAUUAGAUUAGAUUAGAUUAGAUUAGAUUAGAUUAGAUUUAGGAGGGGCUUUGGGGGUGGGUGUAGAUGGUUUUAUGGAUGAGGUUUCUUUUUGCUCUGUUCUGUUUUUUGCUUGGGGAAUGAUGUAGAUGGUAGAUGAUCGAUAGAUGAUCGAUAGGUGAUUUAUAGGUGGUUUAUAGAUGAUAGAUAGGUGAUUGAUAGAUGAUUGAUAGAUGAUAGGUGACUGAUAGAUUGAUAGAUUAUAGAUUAUAGGUGGUAGAUGAUAGAUGAGUGAUAAAUGAUAAAUUAUAAACGAUAGAUGAUUGAUAGAUGAUAGAUUUGAGAUGAUAGGUGAUAGGUGAUAGAUGAUUAAAUUAAAUUAGAUGAGAUCAGAUGAGAUGGA